CAGCCAAAGGUUUUAGCGUAGUCAAUGAAGCAGAUGUUUUUCUGGAAUUCUCUGGCUUUUUCUAUGAUCCACCAGAUGUUGGGAAUUUGAUCUCUCGUUCUUCUGCCUUUUCUAAAUCCAGCUUAUACAUCCGAAGUUCUCAAUUCACAUAUUAUUGAAGCCCAGCUUGAAGAAUUUUGAGCCUUACUUUGCUAGCACGUGAAAUGAGUGCAACUGUGCAGUAGUUUGAAAGUUCUUUGCCAUUUCCCUUCUUUAGAAUUGGGAUGAAAACUGACAUUUUCCAGUCCUGUGGCCACUACUGAGUUUUCCAAAUUUGCUGACAUAUUGAGUGCAGCACUCUAACAGGAUCAUCUUUUAGGGUUUGAAAUAGCUCAGCUGGAAUAACUCCUCCCUACCCAUUAUGUCUCAGCUGAAAUACAACCUCGGAGGACUUCCUGGAUCACCCUAUCAAAAGGAGGUCCUAAUUACAUGUCCCCACACCCAUUUCUAUUUUUGUGGCUUAUUUAAUCCUCAACUAGAAUGUAAUCUUUAUAUUUGUUUUAUUCACCGUUAUGUCCCUAGUGCCUGGCACAGAAUAGCAGCUCAGUAAAUAUGUGAACUAAUGCACAGAUAGUGGUGUAUAAUAGCUAUUCAAUAAUCUUAACUAGUGUAAAGGCUAAAAAUAGGUGAACAAGAGCAUAUCAGGCAUCUGUAUUACGAAGUACCCUAAACAGUUAACAUUCUAAUUACCUUGACAUAUGUUUUUACCUGUGCACAUAGAAAUGGAGAUUGGAAGGUGAAAGAUCACGCAAUAGGGCUGACAGGCCUGCCACAGACACAGUGAAGGGAGGGACCUAACUUCAGAUCUCAUAGAGUAGAUCAAGCAUUGAAGAAACCCCUGUGGAUGCAGCUGGGAAAACAAGUUAUUUAGCUUCCUGUGGUAUACUGAUGAGCAGAACUUUUCCACUACAUACCUCAGUUUUGCCUAAGAAGAUACAUGCAAGAACCUUCUUCAGAAUUGCUGCACCAUUAAUAAACAAAAGAAAAGAAUAUUCAGAAAGGAGAAUUAUAGGUUAUUCUAUGCAGGAAAUGUAUGAUGUAGUAUCUGGAAUGGAGGAUUACAAGCAUUUUGUUCCUUGGUGUAAAAAAUCAGAUAUAAUAUCGAGGAGAUCUGGAUACUGCAAAACACGGUUGGAGAUUGGGUUUCCACCUGUACUGGAGCGCUAUACAUCAGUAGUGACCUUGGUGAAACCUCAUUUGGUGAAGGCAUCCUGCACUGACGGGAAGCUCUUCAAACAUUUGGAGACUGCCUGGCGUUUCAGCCCAGGUCUUCCCGGCUACCCAAGGACCUGUACUUUGGAUUUUUCAAUUUCUUUUGAAUUUCGCUCACUUCUACACUCUCAGCUUGCCACAUUGUUUUUCGAUGAAGUUGUAAAGCAGAUGGUGACUGCCUUUGAAAGAAGAGCGUGUAAGCUGUAUGGUCCAGAAACAAACAUACCUCGGGAAUUGAUGCUUCAUGAAGUUCAUCACACAUAAAGAAAAAAGGAAAUGGUCACCUACUCAUAUCUAGUUUAUUCACUUUUAGGAAGUGCUUUCAUCAUUUGCUUUCAAACGUCAGAAAGCAUUUGUCAAACCCAGCUUUGAUUAUAAACCCAUACCGUUGAAAAUUUGCACUUGGAAUAUGGAACCACAUGUACAUAGAAUUCAAUCAAGUAUAAUUCAGAGUAGUAUGUAUAUUAGCAUAUUUACAAUAAUAGGAUGUCAUCACUGUUGCUGGGAUACUGAUAUCACUCUUCUGAGCAGAAAUUGAAACUGUACAUUUAAACCUUUUAAUUGUUACCUCACCUGAAAGAGGGUGGUUGAGAUACUGAUGCAGUGUGUACUAUAUUAACCAUAUCACGUUUAAGUUAUUAAUUUCAGACUAUUUAUAACUUAUUGUCUUAGGGCCUGCCUCGUGGCUUAGGAUAUUUGAGUAAUCAUCAGAUAUUUAAAGUAAAAAGCUUUGACUUAAAAAUACUGUUAAUGAAGGUUCCCUGGCACUUUUCUUAUUUUUAAAUUGUUCCUAUGGAUAGUAGUAGAUAAUUCAGUAUUAUACUAAGGUUAGCUUUCAGAUAAACAAUUAUUUUUUAUUUUUAUUUUUUGGUGAGUGGUCCAGAGAGUUUUUUUUGGUCCAGAGUUUUAAACUACUUUUCUCAUAGUUUGCAACCCUCUCCCUGAUACUCUGCUGUGUCAGUAAUGCUGAAUCUGUGUCAAAUUUUGUCUACAGCAGUGGGCAACAGAUCAAGAUAAGUUGGUUGAUGUGUCUGCAGCACCAUGCAUCCUUAUUUUCUAUUUAUUCUGUGUGUUCACUUUCGAUAAUGUAUUUCAAACUGAUAUUUUUGUAAACAAAUCAACAUAGGGACUGAAGUGGUAACUUAAUAAAGUUAAUUUGUUUAUUUUUUGUA